GAUUUUUUUAGCCCCAAGCCCGUCAUCUCUACGCCCCUGCUUACAUUCUUUCACUUCAUACUAAAAAAAAAAGAUUAAUCAUGAUUGUGAGCAACCAAAAAUGUGUUUUCAUAACAAGGCAUAAAGCCUCAAAAGUAAAAGGUUGGGAUAGGAUCAAUAAAUUUAGUAAUUUCAUGUGAAUAUUUAAGAUAACCAGACAUAAUUGCACUACAAAGACGGUAAUAAGAUAGAAAAUUUGUUUGUUUUUCCAAAUACAUGUUGAAAAUCAAAGUAUGACAAGAAAGAACCAUCUGUUUUAAGAAUGACAUGAACAAAAUAUAUACCUCGUAUAAAUCCCAAGACCUGAAAUAGAUAGAUUGUUAUUUGUUAUUGAUUUUUAUUUUUAUUCGAGGGUUGUUCCAAAGAGGUCAACGGGCUAUAUGCCAUCAUUUAACCAGUAAGAUACUUUAUUCCAAAUUGAAUUCUCAUUUGUCUAUUAAAUUCAAGUUCAUAAUGAUAUGUUUAUAAUGUUUGAUAUUCGUAAAGGGCAAAUAUAUCACACGUGUGAUAUUUUUGUUAUAAAUUUGUAGGUCUAUAGUAAUUAUUAUUUAUCGAUGAUGUUCAUUUACCGAUCCACUUUGCCCUCGAAAACAAAUAAAAUCGGAUGACAUGAUGGUUUGGUCGAAUAUAAUAUCAGCAUAAUUAUUUCCCUUCAUUAUACAUAAAAGUACCUUGCCCAAACUCUAUCUGUCACGCAAAGACCACAAUCUUUCUCAAGAUCGAAAAGACAGCCCCUACAAGAAAGAUUUAUCAACAAAUUACCCUUCUUAUAAAACGGUAAUUUGUCAAGAAUGUUUUCUCAUCGGACAAAAAAGUUUUCCAUUUAGUAUGAAAGAAAACGGAGGUAUUAGAUACUUAGAAAGCUCUUAAUCGUACAUUCAAAAUCUUUUAACUGUGUGCAAGUCUUUCUCCAUCUCUAUUCACAGAGCUCCAUUCCGAGUUUAAUCUUUAAUCUUAAACUAUUAAGUGAUUGAAUAUCUGUCUAAAUGCUUGAUCUUCUGGUUCGUCAUCUUUUUGUUUCCUUUUCAAACAAGCUAUCGCCCCGAGGUCACUUUAGAUUCCCUGCUCAAAAAAAGGAAGUUUAAAGAAACGCUACCCAAACUUUAAAAAAGCCUAAAAUCCCCCCUUUGUUCCUGUAAAUUGAAAGCUCGGUGGGCGAUCUAUUCUUCUAUUGCACACGAGAGCGAGUCCUUGCAAAGAGCAGACGAUGCGGACAAAAGUACCCCCCAAUUUACCCGCCAAAACAAUAGCGAUGCGCCCAUUGCUUUGAUCAUCUCACGGCUCUAUUCACCCGAACAUAAGCUGCUUUCUCAUUGGCCCACUCAAGCCUUGUCAUGCUCGCCGCACCAAUGGCAGGCCGUCACCAAGCUAUCAUGUAAAGGUAUCAUUUAUGCUCUUUUUAAUGAGGAGACAGUCAAAAGGUGUGUCGUGGUAAUAAAGAUGAGCUACAUCUCCUGAAAAACUUCAUUACCUUUGCGAAGUUCGAAUCGUCAACAACUUAGUGUCUGAUCACCUCUUAACUUUUGAGAGCUCCACAGCGGGAGAUUGUCAUUGAUACACUACGCCUAUAAACAUCAUCUCAUCCUUAUCGUGGUUUUAGUUACAUUAUAUUUACUUCUAUAACAACUGAGCCUGACAUAUUUGUGACUUCAGACUUGAUUUUUAUUUUGGAGUAAUUUGGAUAUCAUGGAUAUCGCUGCGAUGUUCGUUCGUCAUCUUCUGCUGAUCGUUCUCCUCCUCGUCAACGUGCCCGUCUUCCAAGCAAUCAUCUGGUCACCAGCAAGCAACGUUCUUUUGGCAGGAUCGAAGAGGCACAUCACAUAUAUCGAUAGUGUAUCGGCGGGUAUCCAGAACGCAGUACAGGAAUGCCAGUUCCAGUUCAAAUGGGACAAGUGGAACUGCCCGGAGGCAUCCGUCUUCACUAAUACACAAGCUAAUCGUGAGAUGUCGUUCGUCCAAGCUAUCGCGUCUGCUGGGGUCAUGUACUCGCUGACGAAGAACUGCAGUCAGGGAGCGUUUGACGACUGUGGCUGUGACCACAGACGGAACGGAGAUACAGGCGGUGAAGGUUGGACAUGGGGCGGCUGCAGUGACAACGUAAGAUUCGGCGAACGAAUGGCAGAGGACAUCAUGGACGAUGCUGAAAAGUCGGAGGGCGCCGUCACCGUCAUGAACAUGCACAACAACGAAGCUGGCCGAAAGGCUGUGAAGCAAACCCUUCAGCGAACUUGUAAGUGUCAUGGUGUCUCCGGAUCUUGCUCUCUUCAAACCUGUUGGAACCACGUCGCCAACUUCCGAGUCAUCGGUGACGAGAUUAAGCGAAAGUACUUCAAGGCCGUACGCGUCGACUUCGUCAGCGGGAAACUCAUCGACGGCAACCGCGCAGCAGAUGACCGCUUCCCCCGAACCGUCAUGACCGCGUCCCUCAACCGCCGUGACCUCGUCUUCCUGGACCAGUCCCCCGACUACUGCCGCGCCAACCUGACCAUCGGCAUCAGCGGUACCGCCGGCAGAGAGUGCAUGGUGCGUGAGGACGUCGAAGUCUCGUCGUCGUCGUUCAACAAGGAAUCGCCGUCGUCGUUUCGCUGGGUGAAGCAGAGCUGCAGCAGACUGUGUAGGAGCUGUGGCAUGGAGAUCCGCAAGACUGAGGUCGUCAUCACAUCAAGCUGCAACUGCAACUUCGUUUGGUGCUGUCAGGUGAAGUGCGACACCUGCAGGCGAACUGUGACCAGGCGAACGUGUCAUCCAGUCGGAUCUGCUCUGGGUCGUUAGAAGUAUUCGAUCUUGAAAUGAACUUUCUCGGUCAAGCUGGACGCAUUUUUGAAGACUCUUUAUUUGAUGUCAGAAGAAACUGUAUACCAAACACCUUGCAUUCUACGUUCUUUUGAUAUAAAACUGUAAUAUCUUUAAAAUGGAAACUGGUUUUUCAUCAAUUAUUUUUGUAGGCCUUGAAUUUACGCAAUUAACAUAACGUUUCUGAAGGUAUUAUUCUGCUAGCUACCUUAAUGAAAAAAGGCGAAGUUUGAUAUUGUCUUAUUUUACGAAAUGCCAUAUUAUCUCUUUACUUUCGUCCUAUGGUUUCCUGAUUGUAUAUUAAUGCCUAAUACACGGGAAUGUAUUUUGUAUAUAAUGUAAUUAAUAUAAAUGACUAUUUUGUAAUAUUGGUGGAUGGAUUUGAAUCGAAGGUCUUAGUUGACUUAUCUUUCGCUGCCUUAUUUUUCUAAUUACUUUGUUUAAACUUGCCAGGUAUAUUGAUGUUCAUGUGGAUUUUAAGGAAAAUACAUUUGAAUGCAUUUGAAACGUGA